GUGCAGUUGUGUUGAAUGUGCCUUGCUCAUCAUUCUCCCCUUAUUUCCUUUUUCUCGAUGCGGCUCUGGAGAAAGUCCUGUUAUUUUUGGAGCUCCCAGCUAAAUGGCCGAAUAAUUAGGAGUAACAGCCCCGGUUUCUUCAUCUCGUUCUUUUCUUCACUUCUAUGACAGGAAGCAGUAUCAGAUUAACAAAUAUACCACCUACUACCCUAGUGAACGCAUCACAUCCAACGGAUUCGCCACCUGCUGAACGCCUCGUUACAUCCCUUCACAGCUCUGUCGUACAAAUCUUUGGCGUGCAACCAUCCUCACGAAGACAGUUCUCCAGAAUGGAUUCGACCGGUGCAGGACCUGCUACCCCAACUUUCAGUAAUGGCAAUGGCGUAUCGAAAAAACCAGCCUACCUUAAAAAUUUGCAACCGCGAGCCGCUGCCGCCAAAAACUUUAAUGAUAACGACGACACUGACGAGAAACAUGGUGUGAGCUUGAGUGCGGACUAUAGAGCUCAGAAAAAAACCACCGAGGAUCUGGUCGCUUUCUUCAGGUCUUCGCCACCGCCUUCGCCAAUUGGUGCCAGUGGUGGUAGUCAGCAUCAACGACUCUUAUCAACCCUGUCUGCAGCAACUGCGACACACGGCGAGGAUGAAAAGAAGAAGCGGUCGCUGUUGCAGAGGUUGCGCCCCAAGAAAUCAGGCACGAAUCUCAAUAGUGGGAGUGGAGGGGGGACAGGCAAGGACCUGAGAAAUGGAAAUCGGAGGAGUAGUAUGCUAGUGCCCUCUGUUCCAGAGAUGAGCAGCAGUAUUAACAGCACGAGUGGGAUGGCAACUACUGGGAGGGACGAGAAUGAUGAAGAGGCUACGACAGCCACGUUGCCGAAUGGUAAAAAGUACAUCAUGAUUGCGGUUGAUUACAAGAACCCAACAAGCGGCGCAAAUGGAGCUGGAGCUGGGGGCUCGAAUGCACUAAUGUCUCCGGCGGCUAGCUCCAUCAUCAACACAGCUUCUUCAAGAGGGCAGAGUCAGGUUUCGGAUGAAUUGAAGAGCGCUUUGGUGGCGGUGCACCCCCCCGGAGAGUCUAAGAGGACAUCGGCAGCAGUGGGUGCGCAUUUGCAGUCGAGCAUGCUGGAUAGCACGCCUUUUCUGCUCGACAGCCUCUCGGUGCUGGAGGACGCGACCACAUCCGUGUCAGAUUUCGGAGGAUCUGCCAGCAGUCAAGCAAACGUCUCUCACAAUCUGCAGCGAUCAGUAUCGACAAAGUCGAGUGUGGCCGAGAGUGGUGCUGGUGACAUGUCGAGGACUGGAUCCAAGCGCACGAGCAGGGUGACGUUCAGCACGCCGAGGUCUCCAGCAGCACCGUCUACUGCACUCCCGCCCAUGGACGAGAAUGAGGUCGCAGAGGCACUAACGCAGAGGAUUGCGUCGCACAAGGCGAAGCAGCAACAGGCCAAGAGUGCUAAUGGUAACACAGACAACAAGGCGUCGACGUCAGGGUCUUCAUUUGGAUCUAUAUCGAGAUCCACAACGACACUUGACUUUCCGGAGGUCGCCUUGCCCAAGCCCGUCUCCCGCAAGAAGGUUCGUCAUGUGCAGAUCCAGACCCAACACUGUAUCAUGCGCCCCAUUCAUACCCAGACGGAGCCCUACGAGAGCCUGGUUCAUGAUCUCGAGGUCAAGGACUGGUCUUUUCAAACCACGGAUGUUGGGACAAUUGCAGCGGCUAUUACGUCUUCAUCCUCCAAAGAGGACGGCGCUGAAAUAGCAACCUUGACGACCGCAGUGGUCGACCCUAUGACCAUGGCUACACGAAGCGCAGCCACGAGUCCCAUCGCCGUGACUUCUUCAAGCACGUUCUCUUCCAACGCGACAACAUUUACCAGCACUGGAUCCAUCAGUACCUCCACCUCCACAGAAACCAUAUCCACGGACGCCUCCACCUCCACCUCACCCCCUUCCUCUCCUGCGCACGACGAUGAGCUCGCCCAGUUACGUCAGCAAAACGUUCUGCUCAAGAAGCAAGUUGCCUCGUUGCAGCGAGAUCUCGCCGCAGAAACCCGCGCCCGAACACGACACAUGCUAUCGAUGCAGGAUACCCGUGACAAGUUCGAGAUGCUGUCUGCUAUGGCCUACAAGAAACUCAAGGAAAUGAUCUUCCAGCGUCAUGUCCUUGAGAUGGAAGUCCGUGAGCUCCGCGCCCAGGUAGACCUCCAAUCCGAGGUCAACGUUGUCCAGCAAGGCGAGAUGUUAUUCCGACAGGAGCAAAUGCAGAUGCAGCAGCAGCAGCAACACCAGCAGUAUCGGCACCAGUUCGUGUAGACGUUGCGCAUAGUUUUUUAAUUACGAAUAUCUUAUUGCAAAAU